UUGCGGGUAAAUAUAUAAUCAAAUCAUAAAAUUAUAUCAUGCACUUCUACCUUAAACUAAAGAACAAGGAAGCAAACUCAUUGAAACAAACGUGUUGGAAGAAUUAUCUGAAACAAAUCAUUUAAAAUGUGCAGCAAAAUUAUUUACUGUUUGUUUUUCAUCGCUGUCGUGUCAGCGCGGCAUACGGUACGCUACGAUGAACUUGACGACGCGGACCACCAUUUGCUGCGAGCUGCGUACGAGACUCCUUCCUACGAUCAUGACGAGUACCAAGAACAGGAUGACAUGUCCCUAGGCAAGCUGGACUUGCUAAAGGACGGGCUCUGGGCUGUCAAGGCUAAGAUAAAAGAACUCAAAGCUUUUAACAAAGCUAUGGCCGCUAAUUUUCUGGCCACCAAGCUAAAGGUGAAAGAAUUGCUGGCGAACAGCAUCCCUUUAAAGAAACAUCAUCAUGCGGAUAAGAAACCUUCAUAUAAUUAUCAGGCUCCAUCGUAUCAGCCGCAGUACUCGGCACCACAGUACACAGCGCCGGCGCCCCAAUACUCCGCACCUCAGGUCUCCGUUUCUCAACACUCCGCGCCUCAAUAUUCCGCACCUCAGGUCUCCGUGCCUCAAUACUCCGCACCUCAGAUCUCCGUGCCUCAAUACUCCGCACCUCAAUUCUCCGCACCUCAAUUCUCCGCACCUCAAUUCUCCGUGCCUCAAUCUGCGCCCCUGCAUGUGGAACCGCAGUACAUCGAGCCCCACAACCCACAGUACACAGAGCCCCAGUACGCACCCGCACAGCACCAACACGACCCCUAUUACGGACAUUAACAUUAUCAGACCUUGUUUUACCUUGCAUAAUUUAUUUAUCUAAUACAUUUUUAUUUUGUCGUCUCUCUAUAUUCUUUACCAAAGAAAAAGGGUUGAUGUUAAUGUUUUAUCUUUAUUCGUUAUCCAAUGUUAAAUUUUAAUGAUGUACUUACAUUUCUAUUACUAAUAAACUAUUCUUGUUGUAAG